AAUUUCCGAAGGGAAAUGUGAAAAGAGUAGGAAACCAUCCGAGAAGUACGUAGCUCGUUGGUCAAAUUAUUGACCCCCCACCCUCCUUCAAAUAUGAAAUACCUCCAUAAGUUUUUAAAAUAACUCACCCCGAUCACCAGCACCACCUCCAUUUUCUUCAAAGCCAUCUCUCUCUCUCUCUCUCUCUCUCUCUCUCUCUGAUCUCUCUCAUUUUGUGCCUAAAAUCUCAACCAUAUAUAUAUAUAUAUAUAUAUUAGGAUAAAUAUCCAACAGCUCACCAACUUCUUCUUUCGAUCAUGGGGUUGAUUUAUGGGGACAUUCUGUACAUACCAAGGUGCAUGGGUGCAAGAAUCCUGAUAUAUUUGAAGAUGAUGAUUAUGAUGGCGCGGACUCAUCUGGGUCUGCACAAGCACAAUCCAAAUUCGGAAUUGGAAGAAUAUAGUAGUGGCAGUGGGAGUGAUCAUUCAGAAAGCCAAAGCCGGUCUCCAAAUUAUAUUGUUGUGAUGGAUGGUAUGUGUCCAUGUCCAGUCUCAGUGCCGUUGCACCUCAUAACAGCAUGCAUCAAGAAGAGGCUUCCGGUUGUAGAAUUUGCUCAGAUUCUCGAUCAAAUUGGAAACGAUGAUGAUACUGAGGAAUAUUUGGCCAAAACGAUGUGCCCCAUCUGCCUCGAUUGCAUAGAGAGAAGCCAUGAGAUCAGAAACCUCUCCAACUGCGAUCACAUAUUCCACAGGGACUGCCUUGAUUGUUGGGUCGAUGAAGGCCAGCUCACCUGCCCUCUCUGCAGAUCCAUGCUCUUUCCGGCCGCUCAUGGACAAAGGACAAUCUUGCAGGAGAUCCAUUCUAUGAAUAUUAUUAAUAAUUAGAUCAUUUUAUAUUUGUUUUCUUUGCAGACCAUUACUAUUACUAUGGGUAUUUUUUUUUUCCUUCUAAUAUAUAUAUAUAUACAUAUGUGUGUAUAUAUAUCAUUUUAUAUUUGUUUUAUUUGUAAACCAUUACUGUUA